CCGGGGGGCGCUACCUCUCCCUCCCUUCCUCCCUCCGCCAGCCCGCCCGCACGCUGUGCCCGGAGUCCGGAAAGUUCGGGGGAGAAGAGCGCCUCGGAGGAGUUCCGCAAGGUCUGAUCGCUGCAGAAAGGAGCAUUGUGUCAGCACUCUUUGGUGGAGGCUUGCAGAUCCUCUUCGAGACCCAGUUACUCUGAAAAUACCAACAACAAACAUGGGCUACAAUUCUAGCAGUAGGGUUUUCCUAAAGACAUGAAAGGGGAAGUGUUACAACGUGACAAUGGAAGAGAGGUUGACUUUUCCAAGUGAACUAAUGUCAGCUGUGACACUCAGCUGUGAGGCGAUGCAGAAAUUGUGAAUUUUGGGGGGAGCUUUUUUUUUGAAAGAAAUCAAGGAUGAUCUGUUGAACAGCAGAUUUAAAAAACAAUACAAACAGUGUGAAGAUGAGCCAAUCCUGCUGUGAGACGGAGAAGGAUGGUCUGGAAGCUGCAUGUGGCUCCUCUGAACUGUCAGCGUGUGCAGCCUCUGUGGAGAAGGAGCGCGAAUCCUGCUGGAGCCCUUCGGAGAGUCCGGUCACCUUGGGCACAUCUUCCAGCCUCCAGCAGAGCAGCAGCACGGGGCAGACUGAUCUACAGGGGUAUGAUGUCGAGUUUGACCCGCCCCUGGAGAGCAAGUAUGAGUGCCCCAUCUGCUUGAUGGCUUUACGGGCAGCUGUGCAGACCCCCUGCGGUCACCGAUUCUGUCGCGGCUGCAUUGAGAAGUCACUCCGGGAUGCAGGACAGAAGUGUCCAGUGGACAAUGAAGUGCUGUUGGAAGAGCAACUCUUCCCCGAUAACUUUGCGAAGCGUGAAAUUUUGUCACUGACUGUGCGCUGCCCCAAUACUGGCUGCAACCACAAGAUGGAGCUCCGGCACCUGGAGGCCCAUGUGGUGCAGUGCCAGUUCACCACGGUGCAGUGCCCGCUGUGCCAGAAUGAUGUGUGGAAGAGCCAACUAGAGGAGCACACUUCCCUGCACUGCCCGCGCCGACCAGUGUCCUGUCCUGAUUGCAUGCAUCCCUACGUGUACGAGGAGAGCAAGCUUCACGAACAGCAGUGCCCCCUUGCUUACGUGGUGUGCAACUACUGCAGCAUGGAGCUGAUCCGAGACCAGUUGGCAUCACACUGUGACUUGGACUGUCUCAAAGCUCCUGUUGCCUGUCCAUUCAGCUCCUUUGGAUGCCAGGAGAGGAUGCCACGGAACGACCUGGCGCAGCACAUGCAAGAGUUCACACAGAUGCACAUGCGUCAUAUGGCAGACCAUCUGCGCAACCUGACGCUGGGGAGCGGGCCGUUUGCACCAGGGGCAUCGUGCGAGGAACGGGCAGGCACCACGAGAGCUGGGCCCACGUCAGGCCCUCCCUGCGAGUGUGGCCCAAGCCUGCAGCACAUGCGUGAGACAGUGCACCAGCUGGAGGGUCGUCUCGUGCGGCAGGACCACCAGCUGCGUGAGCUGAGUAUUCACAAUGACACGCAGGUGGCGCAGCUGGCCGAGCUGCGGCGGCAGGUGCGCGUUCUGGAGGAGCGGGCACGCGAGCUGGAGGCCCAGCAGUGCCAGGGUAUCUAUGUGUGGCGGGUAGAAGGCUUCUCUGCCCACCUUCGCAACCAGGAGGCAGGCCAGCCCGUGGUCAUACACAGCCCUGGUUUCUACACGGGGCGGCCGGGCUACAAGCUCUGCCUCCGGCUGCACCUGCAGACGCCCAAUGCCCCACGCUGCUCCAACUACAUCUCCCUGUUCGUGCACACCAUGCAGGGUGACUUCGACAGCCAGCUGUCCUGGCCCUUCCAGGGUAUCAUCCGGCUGGCGAUCCUGGACCAAGUGGACAACCAGCACCACGUGGAAGUGAUGGAAACCAAGCCAGAUCUGUUGGCAUUCCAGCGGCCCACAUCCCCACGCAACCCCAAGGGCUUUGGCUAUGUCACCUUCAUGCACCUGCAGGCCCUUCAGCAGCGGCAGUAUGUGCGGGACGACACCCUACUGGUACGCUGCGAGGUCACCCCCCGAUUCGACAUGUGCAUCCGCAGAGAGGGCUUUCAGCCCCGCGGGCCGGAGGCUUCCCUCUAAAGCCAGGAGCACAGGAGAGGGUAGGCAGCAGUGCAGGUAUGGGUUCGAAACCCAUGAUGGACCCUGAUGCUCUGAAACACAGCAUGUUAUUGCUUUGGACUUUAAAGAAAAAAAAAAAAAAACUAACAUCAGCAACUUUGCACCAGAAGGACCAAGAAGGCCAGCCUUUUUCUGUUAUAGUUUAUUUUGGAAGUUGUUCUCUUUUUGGGAGGGGGCGACAGUGGGUGGUAAGAGAUCCAUGCUGUUGUUGGUUUUUUUUUUUCCUGCUAUUGCAUUUGUGUUUCCACUACUGGCCAUUAUUUCAGUGCCAUUGCAGAUUCUCAAUCCAGCUGAUCUACAAUCCCAGUCACCUUGGCUCCCUCAGACCAUCAGAGGAGUGACUAAACUGCUUAUCCAGUGACCAUCCCAGCAGUAUUGUUCAACAUUCUUUUUUCAGUGCACUUUUAAAUUUUUCUGAUCCAUUUAAUGAUUAGAUUGCUUGUGACAGCUUGUCUGCAAAAGGAAUGUAGAUGUUGUCUUAUCACACAACAGGCUGCUGGAUGUUUACCCUUUGUUUUCCCACAUGUUAUGUACACCUUUGAGCUGGAACAGGCUCUCCCGCCAGGGAGGAACCGCUGUGCUAAUAACACUUGCUCCUUACAGACCUCAGCCUGCGUCUCACAUUUCCUCAGCGUGCCUUUGUCGGCUGAGCACUUGUCCCGCUCAGGGAUCAGCAGCCAAAUAAGGUUUUCUAAGCAACUUAUGUGCUCCAGCAAGGCUGAGUGGAUCAGGAUUCGCUCCCAUCGUGAACUAGGGGCUCAUGUUACAUAAGCGUGAUGGAGGCUGGUUACCUCAAGUUCAGCAUCUCGCAUGUGACUUGUGUGGCGAUGCCUGUGUGCUUCAAGUGGCACAAAGAUGGGAAUACUCUCCUGGAUGAGUUUCACACGUAAUCACUGUUAGGACAUGUUGCUCACGCAGCAGUUAAGCUGCCAAAACAUUCUGGUGCAUUAUUUAAUACCACAGGAAACUUCUUUUUUUUUUUUUUUUUUUUUGUCUAUGUUUACAUGUUUGAAUCAUGUGUUGAUCUUGUAGUGCCAGUCUUCUAGCAUUGCAAAUGUCUGAUGUGCCUUCUGGUAUUCUAAUUUCUUCAUUUUAAACUUUCAGCUCAAUCACUCCAACAUUCAUUUUGGAGAGUCUUUCCCUGAAAUUGCCAGUAAAUUACAUUAGUGCUUAAUUUUUGUAAAAUUAACUUUUUUUGUAAUUUCUCAACUUUUUCUAUUGAAUACAAUU